ACUAAGCUAAAUAAUUCUCACAAAAAUCCAUUAUUGAUAAUUUUCUUAGAUAAAAGAUCCACCAUUGAUAUUUGAUUCUCUCAAAAUUCUCAGUUCUCAAUUUCAUUUACCGCCAUGGCCGGACCAGAAUCAUCCGUAGCUAAGGAAUUGGGUUUUUCCCGCACAUCGGCGGCAGAGAAGAAAGAUGAAGAACUUACUUCCAUGUCUGAGAAUCAGGAACCGCCAAAUCCGGCGUCUGUGGCUGAAGCAGGGCCACCGCAUGAGGCGUUGUUUCAUGUUAUGACUUAUCUUCCUCUCUUUGAGCUUCUUUCCCUGAGCGCAGUCUGUGUAUCGCUGAGAGACGCAGUGGAACAUGAUGUGUUGCCGUGGCUUCACAUCGUCGUCGAUGGGCGAUUGAGCUCCCGGUUGUCCGAUUACACUCUGGGGAGAAUUGCCCGGAAGGCGAGUGGCCGCCUUAGAACUUUGGCUUUGAUCAACUGUUUCAAGAUUUCAGAUUCUGGACUUCACGAAGUUGUUGAGAACAAUCCUCUUCUCACCAAGCUUUAUGUACCCGGAUGCACUAGUUUGACUCCUGAGGGAGUGGUUAGAGCAGUGAAGACUUUGUCCCAAGAUUCUCACAAUUUGAAGAAUUUAAUGAUUGGUGGCAUUUACAACAUAGAGAACCAACACCUUGAAGUCCUCAGAUCCCAUCUUCUUGAAAACCGAUCACUGAACAAGCAGCAGGAGUGGCGACAGGUACACCAUCUGUAUCAUGAGCACGUGGACCGGCCGAGGUUGUUGAGUAGCGAUUUCCUGCCAGUGAUUGAUGUACAAAUCUGCCCAAAAUGCUAUGACAUAAGGAAUGUCUAUGAUUGCUCAAGGGAGAGAUGCAAGAUAAAGCAAGGAGAGAAUUUGCUGGCAGAUUGCCGGGGUUGCAUUUGUUGCAUUCCAAGGUGUGAAGAAUGCGGCGGAUGCGUGGAUGAUGAUGAAAUAGAAGAGGCUAUAUGUUCAGAUAUCUUGUGUUCAAGUUGCUGGUUUCAACUUCCCAAAUGCAACCAUUGUAAUAGGCCAUAUUGCAAGCGACACCGUGAUAAUGUAAGUAGCUCUACUGCUGGGUUUGUUUGUGAAAUUUGUCUUGAAACAUAAUAUGGUUGAGUUGCCACAUGAAUUUGGAUUAAAAUUAGAAGCCAUUGUUUGCUUUUUUUGUAUCUUGCAAAUGAACGUUGCAAGGCAUGGCUGCAACAAAUUAUGCUUUGUUUGAACGAACUGUAAGUAUAAUGGGAAGUAGGUUGAGUUGGUAAAUUUGAAGUUAAUCUGUGCAUGUUAUAAAGUUUGUAUUUUGGGUGUA